AUGGCUUCCUCUGAGGAGGACCUGGAGACUCUCCCUUAUGACUGCUCCAGAAGGAACCUGGAAGGGCGAGGUAGGCUUUCAGAGCCCCCAUGUGCUCUCAGACCUCUGCCUACCUCACCAGUAUUGCCUUUCCUCUCCUCCUACUCCUGUCAUUUGGCCUCAGGUGCAUUACCGAGGAAAGGCCUUGGCAAGCAUAUGGACAUGGCUUCCCAAGAGGACAGAAUGAUGCAGAGGGAGAGUGUAGGAGCAUUUGGGGUCACUGAAGCAGGAGGCACCCUUGGGGAAAGCUUCCUCCCACGAGGCCUGAGAACCCUGGGAAAGAAGUUUGUGUCAAGUGAACCUCGGACCUCAAGCCUGCAGCAGCUGGCUUGA